UCCGGGUUAAGUGGCGCAGCUUGAGCGUUCUGCAUCAGUGCUACAUGUUUAGCUAGUUAGAUACUUUGUCGAAAUAAACGAAUAACGACCACAAGUUAUUGACAUGGAUACACUGAAAGCUGAGAUCGUCAGGAAAAGAAAACUCAUCGAAGACAAACAGCUUGUUGACGACUCGAAAACAUUCUUCAAAAGGUCUGAUCUUGCACGCAAGGAAGAAGAAGAUUACUUCAGAAGAUGUGGAUAUAAGGUUCAGAGAGAGUCUCCUGUGAGCCAGAUUGCUAAGAAAGAAGAUGAGCCGUCCACCUCAGCCAAUCCAGUGUUAGAAAUGGAACUAACAGAAGAGAAGCUGCCAAUGACACUGUCACGACAGGAAGUAGUUCGACGACUAAGAGAACGAGGGGAACCAGUCCGAAUGUUUGGAGAGUCCGAUUAUGAAGCCUUCCAGAGACUCAGGAAGAUUGAGAUUCUGACCCCAGAAGUAAACAAGGGCUUGAGGAAUGACCUUAAAGCAGCCAUGGACAAGAUUGACCUGCAGUACCUGAAUGAGAUCGUUGGAGGAACAGAGCCAGGAGAAGUGGACACUCAGCAUGACCUGAAAGUGCUAGAAGAAAACACCACUAUAGAAGAAUUGGAGCCUCUUCGUAACACUCUGGGCACAGGCGAUGAUAAUGGAGACCAGGAUGUUAUCGACAAGUUUUUGAAGUUUCUUCUUGGUGUUUGGGCGAAAGAUCUGAACAGCCGAAAGGACCACGUGAAGCGAAGUGUUCAGGGCAAGCUGGCCAGUGCAACUCACUCACAGACUGAGUCUUACCUGAAACCUCUCUUCAGGAAGCUCAGGAAGAAGACGUUACCAGCUGACAUCAAAGAGUCAAUCACAGACAUCAUUAAAUUCAUGUUGGAGAGAGAAUAUGUCAAGGCAAAUGAUUCCUACUUGCAGAUGGCCAUUGGUAAUGCUCCCUGGCCAAUCGGUGUGACCAUGGUGGGUAUCCACGCUCGUACUGGGCGAGAAAAGAUCUUCUCCAAGCAUGUGGCCCACGUUCUCAACGACGAGACACAGAGAAAGUACAUCCAGGGACUGAAGAGGCUAAUGACUAUCUGCCAGAAACACUUCACGACUGUUCCAUCAAAGUGUGUGGAGUACAACGCUCUUUAACUUGUAACUUCAGUUUAACUUAUGCCAAGGCUGUCCGCUCAGCUGUAUCACAAUCCAAUAUGGUAGUUUUGGCAGCAACUUCAUUGGGCAUGACAGUGUGGCUGAGUAGAAAUUGCUCAACGUCUUCUAUAUCAAGGGCUUUCAAGUACAUCUGCAUUUUUUGGGGGGUCUGAGAAAAUAGAUAAUUUGACCAGAGUGAGACCUGUUGUAUACAAUGAGUUGUCAUCAAGCUUAGAAGUGAAAAUAUCUUGGAUUUAGGUGGAGGAUGCUCAACAACCCUUCAGUCCUGUUAGACUUGUGAACUACUGGGAAAACCGAUUCACCCGUCAUGCCAUUAAUAUUCAGUCAUUCGGUCCUACUUGAGAACAUGUUUAUGCUCUAAUGAGUUCUGAACUAUCGUUGCAGGAAACGUUAAACAGUAAAAAGGUUUAACUUGUGAAAGCCAAUAAUAACAGAACAUGUUUUUCAAGGGUUCAUUUUCAUGAUGUGGGAAACCCAUUUAGUCAAAAACAGCUCCAGUAGUGUAAGUUUUAUUACAUGUGGAAUAUGGCAGUUCUUAACUCUUCAUAACUCUGUUGACAAUGCAGAUUCAGUUCUAUGUGCAUGUUUGAGGUUUCAGUAGAUGCUUAAACCAAUCAAUGUGUACCUGUACUAUCUUAGUAAGAAAAUAAAUGUUUGUGUGUUAUAACAGCUGCCAGGAUUUGUUUUAUGCAGUAUGAAAAGUACAUUUUUCUUCUUCAAAAUAAAUUUUCUUCUGAAAUAGUC